ACGCGCACGGGGAGCCCGCAGCACACCGCAAGCUCAGUGCAGGACGCGCCCCCAGCACAGCCACCCCCCGGCCACUGAAUGAGGCUUCCCGGCGUCCACUCGCUGCCCGCAGCGCCGCGCCGGAGGUCCGCCCGCUGAGGCGCGGCCGGUGCGCCCGCAGCCAGUGCGCUCACCUGCCAGCCUGCGCGCCAUGGGGCAGCCCGGGAACCGCAGCGUCUUCUUGCUGGCGCCCAACGGAAGCCACGCGCCGGACCAAGAUGGCACGCAGGAACGGAACGAGGCGUGGGUGGUGGGCAUGGGCAUCGUCAUGUCGCUCAUCGUCCUGGCCAUCGUGUUUGGAAAUGUGCUGGUCAUCACAGCCAUCGCCAGGUUCGAGCGUCUGCAGACGGUCACCAACUACUUCAUCACCUCCCUGGCCUGUGCUGACCUGGUCAUGGGCCUGGCGGUGGUGCCCUUUGGGGCCAGCCACAUCCUCAUGAAAAUGUGGACCUUUGGCAACUUCUGGUGUGAGUUUUGGACUUCCAUUGACGUGCUGUGUGUCACGGCCAGCAUCGAGACCCUGUGCGUGAUCGCAGUGGAUCGCUACUUUGCUAUCACAUCACCCUUCAAGUACCAGAGCCUACUCACCAAGAAUAAGGCCCGGGUGGUCAUUUUGAUGGUGUGGGUCGUGUCAGGCCUUACCUCCUUCUUGCCCAUCCAGAUGCACUGGUACCGGGCCACCCACCAGGAAGCUAUCAACUGCUACGCCAAGGAGACCUGCUGUGACUUCUUCACGAACCAAGCUUAUGCCAUUGCCUCCUCCAUCGUGUCCUUCUACUUUCCCCUGGUGGUCAUGGUCUUCGUCUACUCCAGGGUCUUCCAGGUGGCCCAAAGGCAGCUCCAGAAGAUAGACAAAUCUGAGGGCCGCUUCCAUGCCCAAAACCUCAGCCAAGUGGAGCACGAUGGGCGGAGCGGGCAUGGACAUCGCAGGGCCUCCAAGUUCUGCCUGAAGGAACACAAAGCCCUCAAAACGCUGGGCAUCAUCAUGGGCACUUUCACCCUAUGCUGGCUGCCCUUCUUCAUCGUCAACAUAGUGCACGUGAUCCAGGAUAACCUCAUCCCCAAGGAAGUUUACAUCCUUCUAAACUGGGUGGGCUAUGUCAACUCUGCUUUCAAUCCCCUUAUCUAUUGCCGGAGCCCAGACUUCAGGAUUGCCUUCCAGGAGCUUCUGUGCCUGCGCAGGUCUUCUCUGAAGGCCUGUGGGAAUGGCUACUCCAACAACAGUAACAGCAGAACCGACUAUGCUGGGGAGCACAGUGGAUGUCACCUGGGGCAGGAGAAAGACAGCGAACUGCUGUGUGAGGACCCCCCAGGCACGGAAGACCUUGUGAACCGUCAAGAUGCUGAGAACCACGGCCUCCAGACCCUGUCAGAUCUUUUUCGAGAAACGAUGGGGCAAAGAGGACUGCAUUUUCUAAAUACCCUGCCUGGGGCUCUCUUCAGUGAAAUCUCCUGCCAUCCUGCUUUCUAAAUGUCUUCUAAUUGACUAAAGAAGUACCUUGAGGUCAUUUGGUGGGGUGGGAGAGGGAUGCGCUUCUCUGGGACCUGAUGGAGCCUGGGAACUUGGCAGGCCACGGCCUGGGGCUGGCUCCCUCGACAUUCCGCCAUCCCGGUGGAGGAGGAGUCUCAGAGGUGCUGGAAUGACAGACCCUGAGGAAAGAAGGGCUUUGCUUAAAGUGACUUCGUAAACACUUGGCAAACUCCCCCAACGCAGAAUCCCUCGGAGCACAGCACAAGCAGAUCCUCACUUUUUCUGGGGAAGACUCAGAAACUCAGCUCUGCAGGAUGGUUGCAAGGAGAAGGGCAAGAAUUAUAAAUGCUCUCCCUCCAGCAACUGCGUUGCCUAGCGGAGCUCCCUGCUAUUUCUCCACCUGCUUGUUUUGCAGCUUGCUGAAUCUCCAUAUGUCUGACCUGAAUUCUUACGUGGCUUGGAUGGUCUCUGGCUCUCACACCACGGGAAAAGACCCACGGCUUUCUCGGGUCCUGGAAGUGAUGGUGGGUUCUUCAUAAUUGGGAACACACCAGUUCUAAAUGCAUGGUUAGCCUUGAUCCUCACUGAACAAGGGGGCUUCCCUAGAGGAGGGCGAGUGGACAUGCAAUACACAAGGAAUGAAUGACUGACAUGAAUUACAACUACUGCUCAGUGCAGUUCGGUGUGCCACAGGCAAGGCUGGACAUGGCAAUCAAGGAAAACUUCACAGUAGAAGUGAUAUUUGAACAAAGCCUUGGGUCAGGUAUAAUUUUAACAGUGAGUUGUCCAUGCAAUAUAGUUUAACACAGGGGCUCUUGAGUCUGGGGUCUGAUUGGGUUUGAAUUCUGACACUCCCGUGUGCUUGGUGUGCCCUUGUGCAAAUGUCCUAACCCCUCUAAGCCUCAGUGUCCUCACCAACAAAAUAAGGAUCAGGACGGUGCAUGAGCCUCAGAUGAGAAAACCACACAGCACACCUCGCACGGAGCCUGCGCACAUGUUCCCUGGUAAUCCCCAUCCGCACCAGCAUCAGGGAGGGCGGCGGCGUGGGACAUUCCACAGCUGGGACUUGAGGGAGUGGGGCACGGAGGGGGCAGCCAGUUUGCCUGUGAUUUCCAAAGCCCUGCCAGCACCCUGAGCUACUCUCCGCUAAAGCUUGCAAUCCCACCCGCAGACUUGGGACUUCACUGGAGAAGGAAAGGCCCGUCCUCCUGCGUCUCAGCAGGCUCUCUUCUGGCUGCACGGCCUCGUGGGCCAGCGCUGCACGUCCUCCUCUGAUAGUGGCGCCUUUGGCAGGAGGACAGAGCCUCCAGGGUCCAGCCACUUGGUGCUCCUGUAUCCACAGACGCUGAUCCUUCUCGGGGCUGCUGCGUUGCCCUGGGAGAGAGAGAAACAAGAAGCCCAGCAGCCACCGUGUGGAUCCACAUCAAAGAGGGAGUCAGGAUGCAGGGGGAGCCACGGAACAGCCAGAGGCUCUUCCUCAACUUUUGCUCCUGGGCAGGUCCAGCUGGGCCUGCACAUCCCAGGAGAAUGCAUCCCUUGAUGUUUGGUGGGCCCUGUUCGCUCUUCAGGUGUUUUGAUCACGUCCUGUGAAUCAGACUCAACGGCUUUCUCUUUUCUUCAUGGCACUGAUAGCAUGUCCAGGGAGUGAGUAUUGUAUCUCUUCUAUGGGGACGGUGCCUGCCCAUAGUAAGCACUCAGGAAGGACUUGCCGGAAGUUAGAAGAAUGCAUGAAUGAGGAUCCACAGUGCCUGUCACGUAAUAGAUAUCCCAUAAACAGGUGUCACACGGUGAGACAUGGCUAAGGAACUGAGAGGCGAAGAGUUUGUUCAGGGAAGCCUUCUUAGAGGUGGCUUUUGAGCGUGACCUUAAAACAUUGAGUGGAAUUCCACAAGGAAGGCUGAGCAGCAGAGCAUUCCAAACAGAAGGGACAGGCAUCUAGACACGAGAGCCCUGGGAACAUUUGAGAAGUUGGGAAGAGGUAGAUUUGGCUAACUGGAAACAUAAAAACGGAAAUGUGAAGAGGAUUAUAGAAAGCUAUGCCUGGAGAAAUUUCCCCAACCUUGUAGAACAUCUGCAAAGGCUAUGCCAAAGAAGGAGAGCCUGCCUCCACCAGGCAGUGGAUGGCCAGUAUAAGGAGGGGAUGAUGGGGUCUAACCAACGCUUUAAGAAGAUUAAUAAGGCAAUGCCUCGAAGACUGGAUUUGAGGUGGGUGGAAGACAGAAAGCAAAGGUCUGAAACCAGAAAUGCGGAGAACGUAUGAACAGGAUUCGGUGUCUGGUUGGAUGUUGAUUGAAAACAAUGAUCAGGGAAGGGGAGAGGCGGUGAUGAAGUCUAAGUGCCCGCAUGGCUCAUGAAAGGGAGGGAUAGCCACUGCGGCAUGAGCAGAGAAGUCAGGAAGAACGGGUGGGGUUAAGAGUCUGGAAAGGAGACUAAAGUCAAGUCCCCUCUGGUCUAUUACAUUCCUCGUUCCGUGAGUACCCAUAGACACGCAAGCAGCAAAAUCCCUCUGGCUGUUGGAAACAGAGACUAAAACUCCAAAUGUAUAGGAAAGGAUUGGAGAAAUCUUGAGGGUUACCUUCAUGAAAGUUCUCUCCAGGAACAGAGUCUACCCACACCUUGGAAUCAGCAUAGUGUCUAGAGUUGGGAAAAUCUGACUUCUAAUUCUAGCUCUGCUCCUUCUUACGCGUGUGACCUUGGACAAAUCUCUGAACUCACAUGAGCCUCUACUUUCCAUCUGUAAAAUGGGAAUGAUAAUAAAUGGACCUCACAGGGCUUUAGUGAGAAGCAAAGAGCAUACUUAUGGGAAGUCCCUCGCAUGGUGUCUACCAGCAGUGGGAUACUCACUCUACAUCAACAAUUAUCAAUAUUCUUUUAUUAUUUUAAUUCAGACAGAGGUUGCAGAUACAAAUGCCCACAGGUGCUCAACUGGAAAGAGAAACGAAUUAAGCCUAAAAGGAACAGUGACUCUUCACCUUCGGCAGACUCCUGCCACAUGGGAAUGGCAAUCUUGGUUGCCAGAUGUGCAAGUUUUCAAGAGAAGUCAGAAAUCUAAACUUUGGGGGGCUAACAUUUCCCAUAUAAAAAUUUAAAUUUAAAUUACAAAACAAUGUGUGGCAUCCCACACUGCAUGGACCAAACAAAACACACCUAUGGGGUCGGUACAGCCCAAGGGCCGCCAUUUGUGUGGUCUCUGAAUUAAGACAGGCUUCCAGCUUGAUGCAGAGAUCCUGCGUGCCUCUUUGGAAGAUAGAGGUGCCAUGUCUUUCCUCCUCCUGAGAUAUUGGGCCUCCACCUCUCCCACAUGUAAAGUUGACAAGCUGGCAAAGGAUGGCUCAAUCCUGCCCAGCUCUACACUUCUGAGAUCUUGAGGACCUUGGAGUCUGGCCUUGACUGUGCUGAGGAGAUGAGCCCUGGGAGGGGUCCAUGGCUGGGCCAGCUGCCAGGGAGCCCAGGCCUGGCUCAGGGCUGCAGUGGGCAGAACCCUGUGGUUAUUUACCUACAGUAGAAAAAGACACGCAGGAGAGGUGGUAAGUCUGGCUGGAGAGAGGCAGACAAGCAGGCUAUCUGACCUGACUAGUUAAACCACUUUACUAAGAACUAUAACCGAACUGAGUCUGCAUGUGAUUCCGUGUGUGUAAGCACGCAGGCCUGCCCUCACUGGGGAGGCUCUAGGAGACAGAGGAACACAGGCCUGAGUGUAUAUCUGCUUCAUCUGUUUGCUUUUCUCAAGUUUGUUCCUGCAUGAACGGACCUUCCUAAUCUCUUGUACUCACAGAGGAGGAAAUAUCAGCUAUAGCUGCAUUUCCAGAAGACUUCACAGCACUGCCUGCCCAGCACCCCUGGCCUCCAGGUCCCAGGGCUAGAAUAUGUAGCCAGGUCUUUGGGUUCUCGAACCCGGAGUGGAAAUGUAAAGAAUCCUAUAGGCCAGCCUGAGUGGUAGGAAGGAGUAGGUGCCAUGUCUUCCUCCUCCUGAGAUAUUGGGCCUCCACCUCUCCCACAUGUAAAAUCCACAAGCUUGCAAAGGAUGGCUCAAUCCUGCCCAGCUCUACACUUCCGAGAGCUUGAGGACCUUGGAGUGGAGAGCCACCAGCAAGUUCAGACCCUCUUGCCAAGGGAUAGCUGGCCAUUCCCGGGCUCCGAUUCGAAGAAGGGGCAGGUCAAUGCAUGCCCGGCAGGGAGAGAGGAAACCCUGCCGUUGUCCCAGCAGAUCAAGGAGGGGAUGCUGGGAAGGCAGGGUCACCUUUCAGCGAGGUACUUGGUUAGCCCAAGGUGAAGAUUUGGUUUCCUCUGCUUUGCUGGGAUAUUUGACUUUGAUCCAUGAUAACUUUCUACCCCUGAGCAGAUGUAUCCUGUAGCUCAAUGACCCACGGCAUUUUAGAAAAUGAGACUCGCUAUCUUUCUUAGCAGCAGAAUGCUUUCUUUAAAUGCUGUCUAAACCCCAAUGUAUAAAAUAUAUUUUUGAAGGAGUGAUUAACAUGUUCCUUCCUCAGACUGAAUCUUUAUUCUUUGGUGGCAAAGAUGUUAUUAUUUUCAAAAUCUCAGAUGUAGCUGUAGGAAACCUGAGGCUUCUUCGGAGCAUGGUGGUAAAACCACUGACAAAGGCCACUCCUCCUGGGACGUCGGGAUCCUGAGUGAUCAGGGCUGGUUGCCUCAUCAUUCACAAAGUGAAACAAAGCCAUAAGGCCGCUGCCAUCGUGUUUCACAAAGUGAGGUCAAGACAACAAAAAGGCAUUGAAGCAGGUCCCAGCAUUUGACUGAUCAAGUUGGAAUAGGAGGGAACCAGCAUCGUGUGUUGGAGAGAGAAAAGGUGAUGGCAGAAAACAAUCUGGGUCCUGUGUUCUAGGUUGGGCUCUGGAGAGUUUGGGCGCUAGUCUUUGGAGAGUUAGCUCUCACUGUGUGCCAGCGGAGAGACCCCUUCUUGUCUGCACACUCCAAUCCCCCAUCCGUGGGAGUCACUUCCCCGGGGGUCUAGGCUGGGGCUGCCACUCGGUGUGGUUGGCACAGAAUGUUGCAGGGUCGCAAAGCUGUACGGGGAUGCUCAGUGCACCACAGAAUGGACCCCGUCCCCUCCAUACCCCCGAAUGUAUGUAUGCUACUAAGUUCUGAAGGGUGCUUUCAGACCAAGUGAUGCAAAUGAACUCUUGGAAGGUUUCCAGAGGUUCCAUGGGGGGACAGAAGAGCAGUGAAGGAGGCCACAGCUUAGGAGCCCUGGAGUCAGACCUAGCCUUCAGUCCUAACUCUAUCAACAACCCGCUGCGUGAACCUGGGCAAGCCACUUAGCCUCUUGCUGCCACCAUCUAUAAAAUGGGAACAGCAUGGUGUCUCCCUGGAAGGGCGGAUGGUUUACAGUAUGAGGUUGCACAGGGCGGAAGGCCUGAUUACACCCGUACUAUUCAGGUCCCUCCUCUUCCACAAAUAAGCAGAAUGACUGUAAACCUCAGUGUUCUGAUUUGUCAAACAGGAAUAAUGAUUAAAUCAGACAAUGUUUGUAAGACACUUUUCUCAGCACUGUGCUUGGAAUAUGGUAAACAUCCAGAAAAAAAAAAAUGGUAUAACCAGUUGUGAGAGAAAUUGAAGGGAAUAGUUCCAGCUGUAGAUGGAGGAGGGGGGAAGGGUGGAUGAUGCUCUGGAGGAGGACUGGCGGCCACUCCCCGCUUCCUGGGUAACCACCGGAAAGGUUCUUCCUCUUUCUGGGCCGCCAUCUCUCCAUCUGCAUGAGGAGGAUGUGGCACUCCAUAAUCGGAUGCUAAUAGUCUCUGGUUUUGUGGUGUACUUAGUUUCUAGUUGCAGCCCCAUGGAGGGAUCUGGGAGUCCGAGUCCAGGGUCCCAGCUCAAAUGCCUUUAGGAUCAGGCACACAUCAGGCCUGAGUUAAGUGAGCCAUCUAGAGUUGUGUUGUUUUCAAAACAAUCACAAAGUUGACCUAUGAAGCAUGAGGGAAUAUUCUCUACAUCCACCAAGAAACGUGUUCAUUCCAUUUUUCUGGAGCCACUGACACAGUCUCAAAUUUUGAGAGACUAGAGGCAAGGGGGAUCCUGUAGUAGGAGGGGCACCCAGGCCCUGUCUAAAGGUGGCAUCUGCUCUUCACUAACAGUCUAUUGUUGCCAAACAGAAUGAAGGCUCAGUGCUACUAGAUCUUCCAGAUUUUCAAGGAAAGCCAGAAAUCAGCUUUUGUGUGCACGUGAAAUCUUCUGAUCAUGAGAUUGGCACAUCAUUCAAAAUUUCUAAAAAGUAAUACUUCUGCAAUCUGCAAAUUAAGCUCAUGGAUGGUAUUUUUCAAUCUCCGGUAUAAUUAGUUCCUAAAACAUAUCAGCAGGUGUUGGCUGCUGUGACCCAGUACUCCCCAUCUCCAUUCCCCCCAGUGGAACAGAGGUUUACUCUCCAUGGGAUGCAUGGUUUCUACAUUUGGUAGAACCUGAGAUGAAUGUCUGACCCAAAAGCAGCUGUCCAUGACCAUUGUUUUCAGACUUCAGGAUCCAUAAAAAUCACUUGGGAAUGAAACCACCCAAGGAGUUUGGGUACAUUCCAUCCCCAGGUGCCACUCAUAGAAAUUCUGAUUCACUAGAUUUGAGGUGGGUCUCAGGAAUCUGCCUGAUGGUUUCUAGGCCUCCCUUUGGGAAACUGGUCUCAGGCCUAGCAAGGGGCUGUUGAAGUGAUGAUUGAAGGAGUCCUGGCUGAUGUGGGUGCUUGGUACUAGGAGGAUGGCCAGCUAAGCCAACUGAAGCACCUGAAGGAACCUAGACUGAGGAGGGUUACUUGCCCCUUCCAGGGAGCAUGGACAGAGACCCACUCAUGAUAUUCAUUUACCAGAGGUUUAUUUUAAGAAUUCACAGAAAAGUAAAGAAGAUAAGAAACCGUCUGAGCCACAGAGCCAAACCCCAUUGGAGGCCAGAAUAUUGUUCACUGGACAGUUUUUUUACACUGAGUGACUGGAUUAUCUCAUGCGUCCAUAAGCCAUGGGCAUCUGUCUCUGCCCCCUCUGAUUAUGAGCACCAUUCAGAGCCUUCACCCUAUCUCACAGCUCUCCAAGAGACAAGGUCUGACAGGUUUAGUGAGUCCCCUGCCUAUUGGUCAGAGCAUUCACACCACAGCUGCCAACCAGCCCAUAGAUGGUAGUCUUUGGGUCAAGCUACCAUUCUGAAUUACAUCACCUGUGGCCAGAGUGUCAAGGUUAGGUGAUGCUAAGCAUGGUCAACCUAUGUGUCAGGAGCCUCCUGGAAAAAGGCUGGAGGCCAGUAGGCUCCUUGUCUGGUCUACCCGCUAUGACAAUGGAGGUGAAGAAAGUAACCAAAAUGGCCAAAGACAUAGAGGCUCCCACAGGAGCACUCUGCCCUGGCUGGCGGCAGAUGUUACACCCGAAGAUCUGACUGGCCUGUCGCGUGAGGGGCCAGGCUCUGGGAGUCCCACUGUCUGGGUUCUUAUUCCAGCUCUACCAUUCUCUGGCUGUGUGAACUUGGGCCAGUUAUUCAACCUCUCUGAACAUGGGCUUUCUGGUGUUUCCAUAAGAAUGAUUAUAAUAACGCUUCACAAAAGGGUUGUGAAUGUUCAGUGAAAUCCUGGGUGGAAAGCCUUUAGCACAGAGGCUGGCAUAGAGCAAAAGAUAAUAUUUAGUUUAAAAAAAAAAAGAAAAGAAGAAAUCUGCAGAGAGUUUCCCUUCUUAGAAAAUGUCCUCAGAGAAGAAGAGAACAACAUUGCAGGAGGAAACCGGAGUUCUGGAGAAACACGUGCUAUUAUUGUUAUUCUCCAAGGAUAGAAGAGAAGUGUGGACCAGCGGUGUUGUGGGCUGUGGUGUGGGGUGCCGGGGAUGGAGAAAGAGCACUGUGUCAGUAGGACACCCGGGUAUGGGCCCCACUAUGCCAUUUUUGUAACUAACCCCGUGACCAGCCAGGAGCCAGGUUGUUCCUGGGCCAGGGCCUUCCAUUCUCCAUCUCCAAGAUGAGGGGGUUGGGACCAUCUAAGCUCAGAGGGCACUUCCAACUCCGAAGCUCUGGAAUCCUGUGAGGACAAGAAUGGUAGACAAAGAAGAAAUAAAGACCCAGUCAGCUAACCUUAAAUUCUAGAAUGGCUGUUUGGGGAGGGCUUUUUAAGGGAAGUUUACCACGAAAGGUAACUUUAGGCAGAAGUAACAGUGAGGUUUGCUGGGAUAAGAAGGGUUUAAUGGGACCUAAGAAAAGUCUUCAGGAAGGUGGAGGAGGAUUUCACAGGGAAACAGAAUGAAGCUGGCCCUGUGCAAGCCAGGGGUGGAAGGCAUUUUUGGGGUGACCAUUCUGGCCAGCAGAGGUGUCUGCCCCAGAUGGCUUCAUGGCAUAUUCUCUCACUUCCUUCAGGUGUAUUACCUUCAUUCAGCUCAAAUACCACCUCCUCCGCCCUCUCCUCUGACCCUAGUACUAACUGAGCCCAUCCCUAAUUAUCCAAUCUAAACCAUUCUUCUGCCAUGCUCUAGGCCCUUCGCCUGCACUGGGGCUCCGCACACAGCCCGACAUCACGUUAUAGAUUCUCUCACUUCCCCAGUUAUGUAUUGUUUCCUUCUUUCACUGCUGAGCUCUAAAAACAGGACUUUGAACAUAGCUGAUUCUCAGUAUUUGUGGACAGAAGAAGAAGGAGGAGGGAGGGGAGCCUACUGGCCCCCAGCCUUUUUCCAAACGCUGCCCUUUGUCCUAGGGAACAAAACCUGAAGUUGAAGAAUUAAUUCCUAAUUGUUAAAAUUCUGAAUUCAGACUGCUAAGGAGCUGGGGGACCAGGCGAUCUUCCCCUUAUUCCUGGAAAGGUUUUCCUACACAGAGCCUCCUGUGGAAGGCCAGGGGGACACUGCCCUGGGGCAGGGAGACCAGCAAGAAUGCUGAGUUGAGAACAGGCAUUCCAUCUGGAGCGGACCCUGACUCGGAAAGGAUCCCGCCUUUAUUCUGGAGGCUGUUUGCUGGCCUGGCCUUGCAUGGGGCUUUGAAGACUUGGACGUUCAGGAACUGUCCUGAAAUUUCCCCUCUUCCGCAUCCAGGAGGCCUGUUAACUUUCAGGAACUGUUGAUUGUCUAGGGACUAUAAACAAAAGAACAAAAGGCAAAAAUCAACUCAUUGAAAGGGAAAGAAUCUCAGAGCCAACCGCACAUAAAGCCCACUUGGAAUUUAAACCCCCGUAGCGAUAUGCAGAAGGAACACUAUCACGAACCCCAAGAAAAGUCCUGAGAAACCAAAGAAAUUCCGUCCUGGUUCUCAGCCCCUGUUCGCAAGAGUUUUGGAGAAGGAACAUGGCUCCCCAGAGCUUGAGCUUCUCCUUGCAAAGCACCUUGGCUACCAGUAGCACUUCUGUUUGCUCCAAAACAGGAGAGGGAGACACCAGGCAGCCUUGCUUUUAUUUAUCUAAAUACUGUCUCUUUUCUGAAAGUGCUGUGAAUCAUCAGGGGGUCUGGGGGCCAACAUGGCAUUUUUACCGACUGUGUGACUUUUGGCAAGUUCCUUCUUCUCUGUGGGACUCAGUUUUUCCUUCUAUAGAAACAGAGAUCCGGGCUACAUUUGGGCACCUUUCUCUCUGUUCCUUCGAAUCUCCUUGUCAGUGGCCUCAAAGAGUUCAGUGUACUUUUCCAGCCUGUUUUCUCCCCCAACCCUCCGUGCCUCCUCUUCUGUUGGCAGAUAAACUGUUACUGGUUUCAUGUAAAUUGCACUCCCCCCACCAAAUGGGGAGCCCUUUGAGUCUUCGUCACAGACCCCAAAGUGAGGAUGGCUUGCUCUCACUGCUGGUCAGAGCAGUGCCUGGACCUCGGCUCACUUUCCCUUAUGGCACCAGGGCCAAUGGACACGCCCUUCCUUUCUCUCUCUCUCUCUCUCUCUAGAAGCAAAGGCACCACUGCCUAUUCUGCCAAGUUCCCCUCCAAGGCAUGUGACAGCAGGACACCCUAAAGGGGAAAAGCUGCAAGAAAAGGCCUUGGGUCUUUGGCAUUGGGUGAGAAGGUGGAGCUCGCCCAGUUAUAUGACUCUGGGGUUACAAAAGGAUCCUUCUCUGCUAGACAGAGUCAACUUCCUUACCUAUAGAAUGGAAAUAAGAACUCUCACCAGCCAACUCAGAGGGCCUUUGUGAAAACCAGAUGGGAAAAUAGAUUUGGAGGAAACCUUUGAAUUGCUACUUAAACGCUUGGGUCCAAGAUUCUCAGUCACUACUCUGACCUCCUGCCCCUCUGACGUGUUGUUUCUUCACUUGGCCCAUCCUGUUAGCCUCUCCAGCAAUAACAAAGCAGUUCAGGCCAUGGGCUCAGGAGUCAGACUGACGGGAGUUUCAUGUUGACUCUCCUACUUCCCAGCUGUGUGUUCUUCAGCAAGUGAACUCACCUCUCUGAUCCUCUGUUUCCUCUUCUGAAAGUGGGAUAAAACAGAAUUUACCUCAAGGGUUGCUGGGGGAUAAUGUAUGAAAAGCAUCUAAAGCAGCACCUAAGAUGUGUUAGUUCCUGUUAUUAUUAGUGUUACCUCCUUGAAAAGCCCUAAGCUGUUGGUGCCAGCCCAACCACCAUUGAUGGGAUCAGUGCACGACUCAACUAAUGGAACUGGUAGCCAUCCUGAAAGCAGUCAGUUCUCAAGGUGUGUCCACAGACCUUUGGAAGUCCUUGAGAUCCUUUCAAAGGAUCCACAAAGCCAAAACUAGUUGCAAGCUACUACGGUGCCUUUUUCACAUUUACACCGAUGGUACAAAAGUAAUGGUGGGUCAAACCGCUGAGACUCACGAUCCAAGUGGUGGUGCCCAGCUGUGCGAUUCAUCAUUGCACUCUUCACUGUAUGCAGCACCUACCAGAAAGAAAGAAAGAAAGAAAGAAAGAAAGAAAGAAAGAAAGAAAGAAAGAAAGAAAGAAAGAAAGAAAGAAAGAAAGAAAAAGCCUGUUUCAUUUAACACUGUGUUUUAUUAAGCAGUAAACAUCGUUAAUUUUAUUAACUCUGGACCCUUGAGUAUACUUCUCGGUAAUGUUCUGGGUGAUAAAAUCCAGACAGGCAUAAAGUACUUCUGCAGGGCCCUGCAGUGUGAUGGUUGUCUGGAGGAAAAAUACGCCAGCAGUUGUGGGUUUGCAAUAGGAAUGAGCCACCUUUGUCACUUGAAAGAAUGACUGACCAACAAGCCAUGUUAUUCAGAUGUGGAUAUUUGGCAGACAUUUUCUCAAAAAUAAAUGAAGUGAGCCUGUUAUUUCAAAGAAAAUCACUAGAAAUGUUUGCUGCCAAUGAUAAUAUUCAAGUUUCAAGUGAAUUUUGAAAGAUUUAUAUCUGCUACCAUGAGCUUGUCAGCUUCCCGAUACUUAAAGAUUGAUGGGUAUGUUAAUGAAUGGGAUUAUUUGGGGUACUAUAGAAUGAAAUGUGUCAACAUUUAGAAGAUCAACAUAACUCAGUGAACUAGUAUUUCCCCAACAACCAGUGCAUGAAGUUAAAAAAAACCAUGCAUGGGUUAAAGAUCCACUUAAAUAAAAUGUAAGUUAGACCAAUGGAUUCUAUGUAAUAAAAUAUGAAAAGUUCAUUGAUUGGCCUCCAGAUUCCACACUGCAACUAACCUUUUAGAAACUACCACUUGUCCGGCGCCUGGGUGACUCAGUUGGUUAAGCGACUGCCUUUGGCUCAGGUCAUGAUCCUGGAGUCCCAGGAUCGAGUGCCGUAUUGGGCUGCCUGCUUGGCAGGGAGUCUGCUUCUCCCUCUGACCCUCCCCCCUCUCAUGUACUCUGUCUCUCUCUUUCAAAUAAAUAAAUAAAAUCUUAAAAAAAAAAAGAAACUACCACUUGUCAAGUUUUAGUGUAAUAUCAAAGAAUAUCCACAAUUAUCUGAAAGACCAUUAAUAUAUUCCUCCAUUUUCCAACUAUGCCCCUGAGCGAGGCCAGCAUUUAUUUAUAUCCUUCAACAAAACACACAUUGCAACAUUGCAAUUAAAUGCAGAAGUGGAUGAGAAUCAAGUUGUCCUCUAUUAAGCCAGAUGUUAAAAAGAUUUGUAAAGAUAUAACACAAUGCCAUUUCCCCCUAUAUUACUUUUGGUUUUGAAAGUCUUUCAUAAAGACAUGCUAAUUAUGUUAACAUGUAAUGGGUUUAUUUUUGAAUGAUUAAU